UUGUCUCAUUGUUCUAUCUGUGGUAAAAACCUUUUUGGCUUCGCGUCUUCACGGCCCGGUCCACAUCUGGGAGGGUCAACCGGGUCGAUGCAGCGACAAGACGGGAAGUGGAUGAACUUGCGCCACUAAACGAGAUAUUUUCACAGUACGUAAUGGCCUGAUUUUUUUUGAAACCCAUCACCAAUAUCCAACAUGGGGAGAGAAAGGAAGUGUAUUCUCUGUCAGAUCGUUUACAGCUCCAAACAGGAGAUGGAUGAGCAUAUGAAGAGUAUGCUGCAUCAUCGGGAACUGGAGAACCUUAAGGGCCGGGACUGUGGCCACGAGUGCCCGGUGUGCCGGGUGACCGUGGUGAGUCUAACGGACUACGCCAACCACAUAUCCAGCAGGGUGCACAAGCAGCGCGUGGAGACGGCGGAACGCGAGGGUGCCGGGAACGACCAGGAAGAGGAGUACUUCGACAAGGAUCUGAUCAAACUGAUCGAGACCCGGAAGGAAGUGAUCAGGAGGGAGGAGGAGGCUGCAGCAAAGCGUGCCAGAGAGGAGGAGGCGCAGAGGAGAGAGGAAGAGGAGAGUAGGAAACGGCAGCAACAGAUCCAGAAGUGGAGUGACGCACGGCAGUACUUCUGCCAGAAGGGGGCGUUGUGGGACUGGAGAUACCCCAACAAAACCCCUCCAACACCACCACCACCACCACCUCGAAAAUGCAAGGGGCCCGCCUGGCAGGAGCAAGGGGGCUGGGACUGCAGCUCUACCCCCGCCGGGUGUCGAGGUCCCUGGGAGACCCAGGAGGACAUCAGGUUCAACUGGUACGACAGGAAACAGGGCCGCAGUGCCACCUGGCACGCCCAGGAACCACCCAACGUCUACAAGUGGAGCGCCGGACAGAGAGGCAGUGGCAGCCUGCACAGCAGGGAGGGAACCAAUAAAAGAUGGCAGCAGGAGGAGUAUCUCCACCCCCCAGCACAGCAGCAGAGCGGAGGGAGGGAACCCUGGCAGCAGAACAGCGGAGGAGGAGGUGCUACCGGUCUAUACGGCAGCAGCAGAGGGGGUCACGGACUUCCUGGUGUGCUCGCUGACCGUGUCAUGACGGAAGGGCCGAGCAGCACGGAGUCUCUUCACAGGAUGGACUUCACCAGCGACCAGCUGGAUCCGGUCGGGUCCUUCGACCAGCUACACAGAUUCGCUCACUUCGAACCGCAGGAUGACUGCCAGAAGGGUGGACACCAGAACAUGGCCCAGGAAGGGCCAGCCGGUGGAGCAGAACAUGAUCGUAAAAGUGGCAUGGGGCCCAAGGCGUUCGGUAGUAAUCCUAAACUCGACAAGGCCUGUCGCUGGUCCCCUUAUCCGUCCCAUAAGGAGACUCACCCUCAUCCUCACCCCUCAGAGAAGCACCCAAAGGGUCCUCCUCCUCCCCCAACCUUCCAGACCCCCCAGACCCCCUUGGGCCAGGGCAGAGAUGUGGAUCUGAGGCCCAGACGUGACAUAACGCUGGACCUCCACCGCUCCUCGGGUCUGAAGCCGACUCAAUCCAGACAGGACCUGCGAGCAGGCCAGCAGAGAGCAGCCCAGCAGCAGAGGUCUCCUGAUCAUAGUGUAGAAGGGAGGGAACCCAGGAAGCUUAGAGACAUCUCUACAAGGAUCAGUAGCAGUGAUAACAGCAAUAGUUUGAGGACAGACAGACAAACCUCCUCAUCUUCCUCUGGGACCACCUCCACCAGACGGAGGGCAGCUAAACCAUCAGAGUGCCUUGAGAAAGGCCUGUCCUCCUCUUCGACUACCAGCCUCAAGACCCACCUGGGUAGGGCCUCCAGCCCCACCCUCAACCUAACUUCCAGCCCCAAGACCCACCUCAGUAGGGCCUCCAGCCCCAGCCCCACCCUAACUUCCAGCCCCAAGACCCACCUCAGUAGGGCCUCCAGCCCCACCCUCAAUCUAACCCCCAGCCCCAAGACCCACCUCAGUAGGGCCUCCAGCCCUAGCCCCUCUACCACCCCCAGGACCCAGCUGAGCCGAGCCUCCAGCCAGGACUCGGACCAGCCUAGGUUGUCCAGACACAGAAGCCAGGAUUUGGGGAGGAGGCAGGGAUCAAAAUCCCCCCAGCAGGACCAGGAGCAGCUGCUGACCGAGAUGCUGAGGAGAGCCAAGGAGACACUGCUAGACCAGAGGAGCUCCGUGGACCUGUCUGCUGUUAACAACAGGGCCGAGGCACAGAAGGCAGUGUCCAACGACCAUAGGAUGGAGAAAAAGGAGAGGAAGAUGGUGCUACACAUCGAGGAACAACAACAGGUGGAGAGCUCUGCUGGCGUUACGGUCGCAGACGACAACAGACAGAAGAGAGGGAAGUCGUCUAGACAGACCAGACAGGACAGAGCUAGCAGCAGAGCUAACCCAGCUGAGGACAGAGCUAGCAGCAGAGCUAACCCAGCUGAGGACAGAGCUAGCAGCAGAGCUAACCCAGCUGAGGACAGAGCUAGCAGCAGAGCUAACCCAGCUGAGGACAGAGCUAGCAGCAGAGCUAACCCAGCUGAGGACAGAGCUAGCAGCAGAGCUAACCCAGCUGAGGACAGAGCUAGCAGAGCUAACCCAGCUGAGGACAGAGCUAGCAGCAGAGCUAACCCAGCUGAGGACAGAGCUAGCAGCAGAGCUAACCCAGCUGAGGACAGAGCUAGCAGCAGAGCUAACCCAGCUGAGGACAGAGCUAGCAGCAGAGCUAACCCAGCUGAGGACAGAGCUAGCAGCAGAGCUAACCCAGCUGAGGACAGAGCUAGCAGCAGAGCUAACCCAGCUGAGGACAGAGCUGCUGCUACUGAGCCUUUAGAGACCAUGAUGGAGUUUGUGACGUCUCCCUCAGACGACCACCUAUCUGUUCAGUCUGUCCAGGUCAGCACUUCCACCAUGGAGUCCCCAGGGGGGGCUGUGCUCUCUCUCUCUCCCAGGGAGGAGGCGGUGGGGGAGAGGGAGGAGGCGAGGGGCCUGGUGGCUGGAGAGGAGGCCAUGGAAGUAGCAGACGCAGGGCUAUGGUCAGACAGUGACCCCUUGAGAACCAUCGAUCCUAACCUUGACCUCCACACGACCUCUGACCCCUCCCCAGGCUCCACCCAGACCAAACCCACCCUGCCCCUCGGCCUAAAGAGGGACCUCACCCGACACAUCGGCUCCAAGACCAAGAGCGGCAGCCACGAGCCCAAUCUGAACAUCGCCCGGCGGAUCAGGAACGUGAGCGGGACGAGGAGAGGGGAUGCGGAGAAGGAUUUGGGGCUGAAGCCAACGUUAAGACAGCUCAUCAGUUCGUCGGGGUCACGACGCUGUGUCAACUGGGACCAGGUGUACCAGGAAGUCCACAGGAAGAAGCAGCAGCAGGGGAAAGGCAUGCCCAGGUUUGGUAUCGAGAUGGUGUCCUGUGACCAGGAGGGGGAAGAGGUUCCUCUGGCCGAGGGGUUUCAGUGGGAGACCCUCUUCGGCCUCGGAGACUCUGGACCCGCCUUCGCCCCAGUGACUCCUCGCAAGCGCAGCCUCUCGGAGAGUAGCGUGGCUCCAGACCGCUCGACCGCCAACCUCUCCUCUCUCUUCGGGGGUCAGACCCCUGGUCAAGCGAUGCCAGGAGAUGGGGCUGGAAGGGAAGUCAGAUGCAGCUCAGACCAGCAAAGCUCCUCGUUCUUCAGAAACCUCCAGCAGCCUAAAGUGGAGGCGACACCGUGUGAAGACAGCGCACAGAGAGAAGUACAGGGGCCACUACCAGAGGGGCCCCCAGGGGUCGAGCCGAGACCUGACUCCGUGAUAGGGGACAGCAGCUCGGGGACGGAGCAGACCGACACGCAGGGAGCCAGGAUGAAACGACGUGCAGCUGGGGACAUUGCAUGUCCUGAAAUCCCUCAUUCAGAGAGGAAGAGUAAAAGAAUGAAGGUCAAGUCCAAAAAAGAGCGUCUACAGGUGGACCAUCUCCUUGCUGUGUCUCUGAGAGAGGAGGAUCUGAGCCGGUCUCUACAAGGGGUCGACAACAGCCUGAUCCAGGCCAGGGCUGCUCUACAGGCUGCCUACAUGGAGGUCCAGCGCCUCCUAGUGGUCAAACAGCAGGUUUCCAUGGAGAUGAGUACUCUCAGAAGGAAGCGUAUUGAGUUGCUCCAAGGGAUACAAGGUGGUGUUGAGAGCCUUUCCCUGCCCAGAGUGAAGAGCUGUGAAGAGGAGAUGCCUUUAGAGAUGCCCCCCUCCCUGCUGUCGCCUCUAACAGAACCCCCUGUCGCCAGUCCCAACCAGGUUCCCCUCUACCUCCCCCUGCUCCACACCCCCUCCCUGUCCCCUAGCCACCAGACCCACCCCCAGCCUAUCACACAGUCAGUAGUUAUCAAGCAGGAGCCCCUGUCCCCUGGUAGGGUGACUACUAAGACGGAGGAUGCGGAGAGCGCAGUGACCGUUCACCACGGCUCUCACAGCACCACGUCAGAUCCCACGCCCACGCCCAUCCCUACAGCCCCUCAUGCAGAUUGUGCCGCCAGCUGCCAACCGGUCCGAGGGAGGAAGUCUGAGCGUCACCGAGUCAGUAGAGAGCUCUCUCAAGAGGGCAGCAGUCUACCCGUAGGAGCAUGUGUAGAAUGGAAGGACCCCUCGGCAGGUUCACCAGGCCCGGUCCAGUCGGGAGAGAGGGGUGUUCAGGUUACCACAGCAAACAGGGGUAACUUCAAGCCCCACCCAGCCCCACUGUCAGGCCCAUCCAGCCGCAAGGGCUCCAGAGCUGGGAUCCAGGACCUAGAAACCUCCCCCGUCCUUCCUCUGUCCCUCGCUCCGUCCAACGCGCCGCCUCAGGCGGAGGUGAAGACCAUAAAGCGCGUGAGGAAGUUGAAGAAGAAGAGGGUGCUGAGGAAGGCCAAGGGGGAGGAGCAACAGCUUGACAACAGCGACACAGAACUGGAGGCGGAGACUACCUUCUCCCGACCCGUCAGACUCGUCGGAACCCGCAGGAAACCCAACGGCGGAUGCCGGCCCCAGGUCACCACAUCCUCCUCCACGUCCAGCCCGCCCGGAACAUCAGAGGACAGGGGAGAGCGUCCAGGACCACCGGGGUCUCCAGCCACGAGACCCGAGGAGAGGCAGGAGGACUCCGACUCCUCUCUGGAGAUGGUCGUGCUCCCCCAGGCAGCUCCAGGUGAGGUGGUCACCAUUGACACCUCGGGUCCAGAGGAUGGAGACAUGGACAUCUGCCCCCGGCCACAGCCCGCUGUCUCACCCCCAGCCCCAGACACACUGAAGACGGAGCCCCAGAAGCUGGCCUGCAAUGAGGUGACCUCCACAAGCGAGAUGGAUGGUAGCUCUGUAGGCAAGAGUGAAGUCCAGCUUCCCCCGACAUCUGUCAAGCUGUCCAAGACUUCCUCAGAUCUGUCUCUGGACGGGUCGUCGGAGCCCGGGGGGGAGGAUCUGCCAUCUGAGGGGAUGUUUGAGGGUCACCAGGAGACUGUUAAUGCCAUGCAGGUCCACAUGGGUCUACUCUAUACCUGUUCUGGAGACCGCACUGUUAGAGCCUUCAGCCUGGUGAGCCGUGAGUGUGUGGCUGUGUUUGAGGGCCACAGCACCAAGGUCAACUGUUUGCUGGUUUCUUCUGGACCAGGUCUUCAACAACGACUUUACUCUGGCUCCAGUGACCAGACUGUCCGCUGCUACAACCUCAGGUCCAGGGAGUGUGUGGAUCAGUUCUCUCUCCCAGACCGGGUUCUUUGCCUCCACAACCGCUGGAAAGUUCUGUACGCUGGCCUAGCUAACGGCUCCGUGGUCACCUUCAGCAUCAAGACCAACAAGCAGCUGGAUGUGUUCGAGUGUCACGGGCCGCGGGCGGUGAGUUGCCUAGCGACAGCCCAGGAAGGAGCUCGCCGCAUCCUAUUGGUCGGGUCCUACGACAGCACCAUUAGCAUCCGGGAUGCCAAGAGUGGCCUGUUGCUACGGACUCUCGAGGGACACACCAAGACAGUACUAUGUAUGAAGGUAGUCAAUGACCUGGUCUUCAGUGGCUCCAGUGACCAGUCGGUCCAUGCACACAAUAUACACACUGGAGAGUUGGUGCGUAUCUAUAAAGGCCAUAGUCAUGCUGUCACAGUGGUAGCCAUCCUGGGGAAGGUGAUGGUCACUGCCUGUCUUGACAAACUGGUCCGCGUCUACGAGCUACAGUCACAUGAUCGUCUGCAGGUGUACGGUGGACACACAGACAUGGUGAUGUGUAUGGCAAUCCACAAGAAUAUGAUCUACACUGGUUGCUAUGACGGCAGUGUGCAGGCGGUCAAACUGAACCUGAUCCAGAACUAUCACUGUCGGUGGCAUGGCUGUUGUCUGAUCUUUGGAGUGUUGGAUCACCUUCAGCAGCACCUGCUCCAAGACCACGCCUCUCCCAACACACAGAACCUCAAGUGUCGAUGGAAGAACUGUGACGAGUAUUUCACCGCUCGCAACGGCUCCAAGCAGGGGGCUCCAAGGCACAUGCUGCAACAUGUUGAGGAGGAGUGGAGUGGACCAGCCCACCCCUGAGGGAGUCUGGAGUGGACCAGCCCACCCCGGAGGGAGUCUCACGCUCCUAACCCCCCUUAAUUCCCAUAUUGGGGUGACCCAGUCUAUAAGGUCACCUGGUUGAACCUAAAUGAUGAGCGUAUCAGUGAAACAGUGGGGUGAUUCAGCUUGGUGCCAGGUGACUACUAGCCUGAAAACAAGACCUGUUUGGUGCUAACGUUCCACUUCUUGCCAAUGUUAGGCAUUGACGAGGAGUAGCAAUGAGUGGAAUGAUAGCACAAAACCGACUGGUAUCCAGGCUAAGUUGACCAUCCAUACCAGAGAAUAAUGAUGAUGAAUCUGUGGUUUUGUUAUGAAAGGAGAGAUGUGUUCUAGUUCUAGAACCAACUAGAACACAUCUCUUCCUCUCCAUGGUUCUCUCAUGAAUAAAUGAACACUGCUUAAUGUCAGUUGCCUUGAACCACUGACCAAAUAAGACAAAGGAACACAGGACUGACUGACUGUUCACCAAGCAAAGAAACCAGGUCUGAAAAGAGUCAUUGUUAUGUUUUCUAUUCAAAUGGCUGCAAAUACAUUUUAAAAAUGAAUCCAACCCUCAGUUUUAUAAAGACAAAUGUUUUCCACUGUAUGUUUUGUUUUAGAGGGACGUCGGGAUGCUAGUGUCUUGGUGUGUUUGGAGGGACGUCGGGAUGCUAGUGUCUUGGUGUGUUUGGAGGGAAGUCGGGAUGCUAGUGUCUU